AUGUUGGUGUCUUGUUACUUCAGCAAAAGAAGAGGCCCCGUAUCAUCACAACAUGGCAGAGGCGUACCAGGAUACUGGGACAAGUCUGCUGUGCCUGAAACAGGAUACAAGAGAGUAGCUCUGGUAAGUACUGACCGGGACUAUCUGAAGGUCCAGGAGCUGUUCUGCAAGACACUGGGCGGUUUUGACAUCAUCAGUAUUGAGAGGAUCCAGAACAAGGAGCUCUGGGAGGACUUUCAGACGAAACGAGAACGUAUGACGAAAGCCAACAAGGAUAAAAAGUACGUCGCUGGGGAACGUCUGCUCUUCCAUGGCACAGAUUCCAAGUUCAUUGAUGCGAUCUGCUACCAGAACUUUGACUGGAGAAAGUCUGGAGCCAAUGGAACGGUUUAUGGAGAAGGAUGCUACUUUGCCCGGGAUGCCCGCUACUCCAACAGCUACACCUCUGACCACAGCGUGCGCUCCAUGUUUGUGUGCCGCGUGCUGGCAGGCAGCUAUACCCGAGGGCAGUCUCAAUAUCGCCUGCCGCCCUCCAUAGAUGGAGGCCUCCUUCUGUAUGACAGCUGUGUAAACGAUGUCCGCGACCCUUCUAUCUUUGUGGUGUUCGACAAGCAGCAGGUCUAUCCCGAGUUCCUCAUUACCUACACUGAGCACGUCUAUAUUACGGAUCUAACGGAUCCUUCUCCUGAUUACGCUUCUUCUGCUGUCUCCGGUUUACUUUCUCCUGUUAAGACCACUGCCACUUCCACACAGUCCAAUUCUGCACACAGCUCCACCGCUCUUACUGGCAUAACAAGUGCACUAAAAACGGUAACCGUGUCCACUUUGACCUCGAGUUCAUUUGUGUCCCCGCCUUCUGUGGUGUCAAGUCCAUCCUUGUCACCCGUCAAGCCAUCCACAGGGUCUCCCCAAAGCUCUGUCAUAAAUCCCAUUCUUAUACCUCCAUCAUUUGUGUCCCCGCCUUCUGUGGUGUCAAGUCCAUCCUUGUCAUCUGCCAAGCCAUCCACAGCGUCUCCCCAAAGUUCUGUCAUGAAUCCCAUUCUUUAUCUUCCAUCAUCCAGUCUGAAACCAGCCCAGGUUUUACCUGCAACCAGGACCUCCGCAGGGUCAGCAACUCUGCCUGCUCCUGUUCCAGCCUCCACUUCUUCAAUGCUGCCCAACAGUCAUCCUUUACAGGCAGUCCAAAUAAGAAAGCGCGACGUCAGUAGUGAUGACUGGGAUUUUGUAGAUUCAUUAAACCUCCCCAGUUCUAAGAGCACAUCAACAGCCCUGUCUGAUCCAGGAAGAUCCAGCACCUCCGCACUAAACCAGCAGUGGGUUCCCAAACCGGUUCCCAGUCGACGUCUGUACUCGUCGUCAGAUGCAUCUCUGGUCAGCUCCACUGUGAGGUCUGCCACUCCAAAGUCAACAAGUGUCUUCAAGCAAAAGUAA